AUGUAUGAAGAUCUGGACUACCCCAACCCGUCGGGGGCCUGGCGCAACGGCGAGCUGCCGGACAGCUCGCUGUGCUGCAAGUGCCUGGAGCUUCAUGGCGUUCAUGCACCAUGCACGCCCCUCAAGCCCCUUCCUGCAGAUGCGGUGUCACUUCCUCCUCGGUCAAUCAAGUCUGGCAUCACGGGUGCGCUGUCCCUGCACGACUAUCGCAAGUAUUUGUCGCAGUCCGCAGAGUGUGUUAACGAUCCUGUCGAUCGGUCUGAGAAGACUCUCAAGCGCAAGACCGCGACAUUGAAUCUAAACCGUCCAUCACCGCUCAUGUCGCUUUCUUCCUGUGCGGUGUCGGUAUCCUCGACGGCAUCUAGUCCUCCGCCACUAUCACCGUCGUAUUCGCACAGCAUCAUCUCCUAUCAGAGCGAGCAGGAGCCCGAGGUUUCAGAGGCAGCGUCUGUUGUCCUUCCACCACCCCAGGGCCCACGAGUGCAUCUUGUCUCGGAAAAGGCGACACGCCCUAGACCAAACAGGAAGCGAUUGAAUACCUUCCGCGAGAAGCUUGAGAAGAACGGCCAGGCUCGGGGUCAGGCUCAGCAACAUUCGCCUCUCUCCCGUGCUCGAGCAUCUAAUCCGAUGCUGGACAACACGCCAGCCGUCGCCACCAUCUCGCACGGUGGCACCUCCUUUGAGAUCCUGAACCCACGCAAGUCUCUUGAUGUGGCUCGGAUUGUCUCCUUUAUUGAGGAUGUCGAUGGCUGCUCGAUUUUGUCGUUGGAUCCCCCCGGAGAGUCUAUAGUCUCCUCCAACCCAUAUUAUGUCGACCAAGGCUUUGACAGAGUCUCCCUUUCGCAAUUUACAGAUGCCUCUUUGCCAUCGCAUUACUCUUCCCCAUCUCUGUGCACUACUUCACCUUCAGUGGGAUUCUCCACACCCAAGUGGCAGGCAGCUGAUAUGCCUUCGUCGUCACCUGGUGUGCAUGACCGAGUUCGAUCGCCCUCCUACUAUUCCCUCCACGACCAUGACUACUGGACACCAAACCGCCAACGCGACGGCAAUGCUUGCCCCCAAGAUGACCAAAUGUACCAGGAACUAGUCAGUGGCCCGCGGAAAACACGCAUGGCUUCGAUUUCCGAGCGCCUAGGAGCUUCCGAGCCGGAGCUUAAGCUCCACCCCUCAGAACCCCAAUCCCCCUCCUCCCAACCAACUCUCUUCUCCGAAGAAAGCGACAUCGGCGAGCCGGGCUCGCCUGUCUACGCCAAUGGCGAAUGGGCCCAAGUCGACGAGCGCGACCGCGGUAUCUUCCUCGAGCUCCCACCUCAUUCAGCUACAUCAUCCGGGAUGUCCGAGCCGCCUUCUCCCUAUGACAUCUACUGCACAAACACCAUGUCCACUCCCUUGCCAUCAAAUCCAUCCUAUGCUCAGCACUACGAUCCCUACGACCCCGUUUACUUUGACCCGCACGUCCAAUCCGUGCUAGCAGCUGCGAACGCGGAGACCAUGGGUCUGCGCGGGCACCCGGCACGUGCCCUGGAUGAUCUGCAGCGCAGGUUUGGUAGCUCUGUCUCAUUAGGUGGGACCGGAUCUGGUGAUGGACUGCUCCGUAAGGGAGACAGAAAGCAAUCCUUCUCGCAGAAAAAAGGGCUCAAGAAGCUUUUCAGCUGGAGGUCUGGACAUUGA